AUGGCUCUUCCGUUCAAGGCAUGCAAGGACGUGAAAAGUGAUUAUUCGCACGGCCAGCAGGUCAAUGAGCUUAGUAUUUUCAACAAGCCAAGUGUUGUUAUUUACAGGGCUACGCCCUCACAAAAGGGCAGAAUAGCAGCUUUUCUGGUAAAAUCUGGCAGAAGUACCCUAAGUAUCGGCGACGGAAACAACGAUGUAGCCAUGCUUAAGGAUUCACAUGUGGGUGUUGGGAUUAUGGGAAAGGAAGGCACACAAGCAGCUUUAUCUGCUGAUUUUGCAAUUCCACAGUUUAGAAAUCUUAAAAACCUUAUACUUAUUCAUGGAAGAUACAGCUUUCUUAGAUACACUAAGAUUGCACUCAACUCGUAUUACAAAAACAUCGUUUUUAUCGUUGCGCAGUUCAUGUACAAUCUCUACUCAGGCGCCUCUGCAUCGCCCCUCUAUAACUCAUUUACCCUCAACUACUAUAAUCUAUUCUUUACUUCGAUGAUCCCCUUUUCAGUCGUUCUUUUUGAUCGUGAUGUAACUCCCUCGUUUGCACUUAACCAGCCUUCUAGCUAUAGACACAUUAGGAAUCACUUUGACAAGAUUUUCAUUGUUCUAAAUAUAUUUUUUGCAGUUUUUGAAGCGCUUGUCGUCUUUUUUGGCAUCAGGCUGCUCACCCUGAAUGACAUAACAAACGGGUCGGGAAUUUUAGGUGCAUAUGCAAGUAUCAGCACAAUAUUCUCAAUUAUAGUUAUCUACACGGUUGUUUUGAGACAAAUCCGACAGAUUUCUUACAGGGUAUUCUUCACUGAUAUUGCCAUUGCGCUGACUAUCAUUCUAAACAUUGUUUCAAUAUUUGUAAUCCAGGAACUUUACAAUAGAAGCAACUAUACGAUAUACUAUCUACUGUCUAUGCCAUACUUUUAUUUUAUCUGCAUAUGCCUUUGCACACUGAUUUAUUCUGCCGACACAGUUUUUGAAAACGUUUGCUUGUAUUUAGAAGAUAGGCUAAAAAUGAAAAAUUAA